AUGAACACCACCGCUGCAUCCAAGCCCAAGAAGCAUACGUCGCCUCUGACGACGUUCUACCUUUGUGUGUAUAACCUCCUCCAGUUUGUGGGAUGGCUUCGCAUCUUCAUUGGCUUCUGCCUGCAAAUGAUCCAAGGCGAACACGCGCGCCGGAUUAUGUACGUUUCCGUGGGCAAGUUUGUCGAUGAGUACACGCCGGACAUGAUCCACGGUGCUGCUCCAUCCUUCUCUCAGUACAACCCGAUUGUAGCCGAGGCACUCACACGCCUCUCGCGCAUGCACGGCUACUUGGGACCCCUUGUCGUCAUCUUCCAGACCCUCGCCGUAUUCGAAGUCUUCCACGCCCUGUUUGGAUUAGUCCAGGCGAAUCCCAUUAUGGUUGCUCUCCAAGUUGCAUCGCGCAUCGCCAUUAUUUGGGGUGUUGUUGAGAAGUACACCGUCGCGGCUUCGAGCCCCUGGUACGGCGUACUCGUGUUCGCCUGGUCGCUCAGCGAGAUCACGCGCUACCCGUUCUACGUCAACCAGCUCUUGAACUCGCCUUCAUUCAUGGCUCUCUGGUCCCGCUACUCGUUCUUUAUUGUCUUAUAUCCGCUCGGCGUGCUUUCGGAGAUGAGUUUGAUUUGGCUCACGCUUCCCAAGACGAACGAGUGGCCUUGGAUCAACCAAACUGGCUGGACGCAGCGCGACAUGAUUUUCCUCGGUGCCUUGCCGAUCUACGUCCCAGGCCUGUUUAUUUUGUACUCGCACCUUUGGGCUGCGCGUGUCAAGGUGCUCGGCAGCGACUUUGCCGGUAGCAAGGGUCGCGCAAUGGUCGACAAAAAGCGCGACGAGUACCUCAGCAGGUUCCGCAAGAUCACUGAAAAGACUGCAGCACGCUCCCAGACUGUGCCAGCAGCUCAGUAG